GCCCGGGAACCAACUGCAGCUACCUUUACUGAAAGAAAGAAAGCAAAGGAGUGGGUGCUCAAGAAAACCGGAAAGAAGCCCGCACACAGAAACCCUCCAGCGAUCUGCCUAGGUGGCGAGGAGCGAGCUGCCCUGGGGCCAGUCGUUGCGCGCAGGUGCUGGGGGUGAAGGCGCGAGGUAGCAGGGGCGCUCCGCGGGGAGAGCCUGGUGCGCCCAGCCUGAGGCGGUGGAGACCAGCCGGGCUCAGAAGUGGGGGGCGGGCGUCUCGGGCCCGCGGGACCUUCGGCCUCAACACUCGUGGCACUAGGGUGCCCACCUCUGCCCGCGAAAGCUGCCUUCUGAGGGGGCUCUUCUCGCCACGCUCUGCCUCCCCCGCUCCCCCCGCUCGCGUUCUCCGCCUUCCUUGCAGUGUCCAGAGAUGCUCCGUCGCAGACCCGGGACCCCUUAGGCGCCUCUUCCCGUCCCUCUGCCAAAUCGCAACGCCUGUACUUUUCCAGCUCCCUCUUUCCCUCUUGAAAUUGAAAGUUAUUGAGGUCGCUCAGGGUUGUUGCUCCAGCAGUUUCCUUCCCCGCCCCCGAGCUCCCCCCGCCCCCCGCAGCCAUCCCCCCUUCCCCCUCCCUCGUACCGUCCUUCCCUCCCUCCCUCCCUCCCUCCCUCCCUCCACCACUGGAGCGGCUCCUACUCGCGAACAGCAGAAGCAGCUCGGGGUCUCUCCGCCAACCCCUUGGCCAUGGCCGCGGUGCCGACGGCGCCCGCUCCCCUACGAUCCCCGGGUCCCCGCCGUUGUCGCCGAAGCCGCCGCAACCUCUGAGCCCCAGGGGCCGCCGCCGCCAGUACCCGCCCGCCCGGAUCCUGCCCGCCGCUGCCCCUCACCAUGCUACCUGCGGCCGCCCCGGCGAGGCCGCUCGCUGCUCGUGGAACCCUCGCUCGCGGUGUUGACAGCCACCCCUGCGGAACCGCCGCGGUUGAGGGCUCGGACAAUUUGAAAAUACAGUAGUUGGUUUCCCUGCACCCGACCCGCUUCGUUUGCCAUCCCAGCACGCCUAUCGGAUCUGAGUGGAGAAGUGGUCCGCUGCUUGGGGUCUCCCUCUCUAUACGCCUAACACUUACCUAUAUUUCUAGAACAUUUAAUACAAUUAACAAAAGAAAAGGAGGAAAGGAAAGGAAACAUUACUGGGUUACUAUGCACUUGCGACUGAUUUCUUGGUUUUUUAUCAUUUUGAACUUUAUGGAAUACAUCGGCAGCCAAAACGCCUCCAGGGGAAGGCGCCAGCGAAGAAUGCAUCCUAACGUCAGUCAAGGCUGCCAAGGAGGCUGUGCAACGUGUUCAGAUUACAAUGGAUGUUUGUCAUGUAAGCCCAGACUAUUUUUUGUUCUGGAAAGAAUUGGCAUGAAGCAGAUUGGAGUGUGUCUCUCUUCAUGUCCAAGUGGAUAUUAUGGAACUCGAUAUCCAGAUAUAAAUAAGUGUACAAAAUGCAAAGCUGACUGUGAUACCUGUUUCAACAAAAAUUUCUGCACAAAGUGUAAAAGUGGAUUUUACUUACACCUUGGAAAGUGCCUUGACAAUUGCCCAGAAGGGUUGGAAGCCAACAACCAUACCAUGGAGUGCGUCAGUAUUGUGCACUGUGAGGCCAGUGAAUGGAGUCCUUGGAGUCCAUGCAUGAAGAAAGGAAAAACAUGUGGUUUCAAAAGAGGGACUGAAACACGGGUCCGAGAAAUAACACAGCAUCCGUCAGCAAAGGGUAACCUGUGUCCCCCCACCAGUGAGACAAGAAAGUGUACAGUGCAAAGAAAGAAGUGUCAGAAGGGAGAACGAGGAAAAAAAGGAAGGGAGAGGAAAAGAAAAAAACCUACUAAAGAAGAAAGUAAGGAUACCAUACCUGAUAACAAAGGUCUGGAACCUAGCAGAGAAACUCCAGAACAACGAGAAAACAAAGACAGACAGCAGCAGAAGAAGCGAAAGGUCCAAGAUCAGCAACAGAAAUCGGUAUCGGUCAGCACUGUACAUUAGAGGGUCCCAUGAGAUCGUUGUAAACUCAUGAUGCUGCUAUUUCAACCAGAUGCCCAGGACAGGUGCUCUAGCCAUUAGGACCACAAAUGGACAACGUGUCAGUUACUGCUCUGUCUCAACAACAUUCCAGAUAGUUGCUAUAUUCUUUGUACAAGCAUAGCAAACAACAAAGAGCCAAAAGUUCAAAGAAGGGAUGUUUUCAAAUGGUUAUCUAACACGCUUCUGUGCAUUUCUAAGAGACAAGAAAUUUUGUAUAUAAUUAUCAAUAGGCUAUAAGAUGUAACAACAUAAUGAUGACAUUUGGAGAGCGACAUCUUUUCCCUAUAAAAAUAAUUUUUCAAGCUAUUGCUUUAAGAAGCGAAAAAUAGUUCUGCAAAUUCGAAGAGGCAAUAUCCCUUCAAAGUCAAUAAGAGAUCAGGGAAGAGAAACAUCUUUCAAAGAACAGUGUUGUUUUGUCCAGGAGAUCUAGAGAGUGCUCAGACAUUAGGGCCCGGCAUUUGGAAUAAUAGGAAUUAUCACCACCGAAACGACCGUUUUCAGAUUGGUUCUAUUGCCUUCACCCUGUCCUUCGGCAAGAAACAUGAGAGUGUACACCAGAGUUAAGCAUACUGUGUGGGAUUGGAAAAAGGCAAAAUGUGGAAGAAACCAUAGCGUUGGAGAUGACUUCUGUGCUUUACAAAACUGUGAAGGGUUGUGAUUACCUGGAACAGGUCUCUAAUCGAUGUCAGCACUGUGUGGUUCAGCCUCUGCUACCCCUUGGGUUAUAUAAGUCUGUAAACAUGUACUUGUAAGUUCCAAAAGCAAAAUCAUACUUAUUAGAAGAAAAUUCUGAUUUCACAGAAAAACAAAAACUAGAGCAAGGAGACUAGAACAUGUUUGCAAAGUCAUGUGUUUUCUGCAGGAAAAACAAUUUUAUUACCACCUGGAACUAAAACGGGAUACUACUUUCUAACAAGGUGUAUCUAGUAGGGGGGAAAGCCACCACAAUAAAUAUAUUUGUUGAUAGUUUUUAAAGUUUUGUUCAUUUUGUUUUAUUGGAAAAUUGUUACUCUUACAGACUCAUGAAUUAGGAAAGGGGAUUCUGUAUCCUAUGUAAUCUGAACAUACUACAUUUCUCGAUGUUUGCUUUUGGAAUCCACCUUUUGUAAGUAGAUAGAGAUUUACUUAUAGCAUAUUAGGAGGUAUUUAUUCAGCUUUUCCCUUAAUCAACAAAAUUCUAAUUCUAGAUGCAUAGGCCUCCCGAAAUGAUUUCACAGCUCCCCCUUCACUACUUAGAAACUAGCAUCUUUCCUUGUGUGUCAGUUCCUCCUGCAUUUUGAACAUUUGGCCUUUUC